GGCGGUGUUGCUGGGCCUGCCGCUUGCCCGGGCGGCGCGGGCCGCGGCGGCGGGCGCCCCGUCCAGCAGCCUGCUCUCCUCCGGCGAGGCGAGUUCGGAGUCCGCGAGAGUGACUUCCCACAAGGGGAAGAGACACCACAGACAUCAGCAUCGGGAUGAUGAUGUGAAUUCUACUGAAAGCAGUUUGGGGUCGCACAAGCACCACCACAAGCACAAGCACCACCGCAAGCACAGGAACCAGUCGAGCCUGCGGAGGCGGCAGGUGAACUCGAGCUCGAAAGUGACCCGCCUUCCGAGCCUGAACAGCUCGACGGAGGCCGUUGGGGUGAGCAAGGCGAUGAUCAGUUCGGGGUCCACGCACGGAGUUGUGGCUGGGGCGCUGAGAAAG